AUGCUGAUUAAAGUAAAGACAUUGACAGGAAAAGAGAUUGAAUUGGACAUUGAUCCAAAUGACAAAGUUUCUCGUAUUAAAGAAAGAGUGGAAGAAAAGGAAGGGAUUCCUCCAUCCCAGCAGCGUUUGAUCUACGCAGGCAAACAAAUGGCUGAUGAUAAGUAUGCUGAAAGCUAUCAUUUAGAAGGUGGUAGCGUUUUGCACUUAGUUUUGGCACUUCGUGGAGGAUAUUAA